CCGACCUCACGUCCUUACAGUAAAGCUCUGCUGCCGACGAGCUAAGUCCUGAGUCGUCUGCCUGAAUUUUAGGUGAAAUUCAUAGCCCGUAAUCAUGGUUUUCGAGAGGAAGAUGCUCACGCACGGCGACCCCGACGACGAGGAGGAAGAUGCACCUGCUGAGGAGGAAGAGGAGGAAGAGGAGGAGGAGGAAGAAGAGGAAGACAUGGUGGACCCUCUAGAAACGAUACGAGCCAAGUGUGAGCAGACUGAACACUGUGUUCACGCCAAGGAGCGUCUGGAGGUCUGUGAAGCCCGGGUCGGGUCCAGAUCCAACACUUUGGAGGAGUGCACAGAAGAACUCUUUGACUUCCUGCAUGCACGGGACCAUUGUGUAGCACACAAGUUGUUUCACAAUGUGAAAUGACCUGCCUGCCCAGUUCCCACCACUUGCAGCUGUAGAAUCACUAAUAGCUAAAAUUGUAAAAUAAUCAGAACAGUUCUGUUGUUGUUCUCCUCUUGUGUAUUAAUGUAAAUGAAUUUGCUUGAGUUUCUGAACUAAAUGCAUGCCACCCUUAACGUAUACGGUGCAUACUUAUGUAGAAGCAGUAUGUAAAAUAUGAGUCACUGCUUGUAUGGUUAAUGUGUGCAUCCAAAGUUGUUAAAGGUUGUGCAUAGAAAGGGCUCAGACUAUUCAUGAUGUGAUCAGUUUAUAUGCAAAACUAAGUAUGCUGCUCCAGUAAUGGAGAAUUUCUCAGGUUCAGUCAUGGAUUCAUCACCCACUCUGGAAAAAUAAAGGUUUUCUUUGGUUUCCA